AUGUCGACAGCUGCAUCGCCCAACCUGGCGUCUGCAGCUCCGUCCACCAGCAAUGGCGUCGAACCUUCCAACAAGGUCGCCAAAAGACGCAGUUCGACCAGAAAAAGCCCAACUGGAUCACGAGAACCGACCCGCCAAGAGUCGCUCGGCGGUGCCGUCAUCCGCGCCCUCUUCGGCACGCUAGCCUUCCUCUUCAAACGUCCCGUUCGACUUUUCCGACCCGUCAAAUUGUCGUCAUGGACCAUCCUCGAGGCAAUGGCCAAGCGCGAAGGUCGCUCGCUCAGCCUCCGCUACCUUCGAACGCUUCUUCGGCGGGAGAACUCCAACUUCCUACCGCAUCUGCUGCUGCCUCCGCUGCUCUUCAACACAGCGAUCGGGUUCACGCUCUUUGAAGCAUACAGCAUCACUGAAAGUCGACUGCUUGCCAAGGCGAAAGCGAAACGAAUUGCAUCAGGAAAAGAAACAGAAGAUGAGGAUGAGAGAAAGCCAAAGUGGACUCCGCUGUGGAUCGUCACGGCUUCAGGUGCAGUAGCUGGAGCAGCGCAGUGUUUCCUAUCAGCGCCGCUCGACAACGUACGCUACAUCAUCCAGCGUAACGUCAGUGGACCCGAUGCACACCAUCGAAGCGCAACAGCACAUCCCAUCACCACGAUCUCGUGGCGCGCCAUCCUUCGAGCUGCCAUUCUGCCCUUCGCUCCCGCCAUCGCCCGCGACAAACUCGUCCAGGACGUCCAGAACGAGACGAUCGAACGCUCCAAACGCGCACCCAAGCCCACCCUCCGUGCUCGACUCAUCGCCCUGAUCGAGCCGGCGACGACGUCGGCGAAUGCAAACGCAAGCAUGGCGGAGAGGUUCACCAUGUCGCCCGAGAAGAGGCAGGAGUGGGAGAGGCGCUUGAAACGAUGGCGUGGUGGAGUGCACGGGUCGGGAUUGGCUCUGUCGCUGAUCCGUGAUAGUGUGGGCUUCGGAAGCUUUUUCUUCAUCUUUGAGGUGUCGAGGAGGUGUGCGUUCUUCGCAUCGACGUCGAUGGAUCGAGUCAGUGCUUGGUUCAAUGCUCGCGGGCUGGGCAUUGUUCGCAUGAGAGGUCCGGCUGGCGAGGCGCAGCAGCAAGGUGACGGAACAAAUGUGGUGGGACGACGCAGGGUCGAUGAAGGGCUCGGCAGCGAAGGAGACAUGCAUAUAGAAGGUGAAGGCGGCGUGGGACACUGGAUCCGGCAAGGACAAAAAUCAGUCAUCGACGCCGACGUCAGCUACAACCAAUCUCGAACCGUACAGGGCCGUGUCGUUGCCGUCAUCAUGCUGCUGGUCGGAGGCGCUGUCGGUGCUUUUUCGUACGAGCUCGUCGGUCGACCUUUCGAAUUGAUGCGAGUGGUCAUCUGGGAGGGGAGAAAGCAGUGGGAGCAAGGCAAACGCGAGCCGGGAUACCGUACCACUGCGUCACGCUCCUCGUCUGCACGGAGAGCGAGCAAGCCGGCGGAUGGCGCGACGGGCUUCAGCACAGUGGGCAGGUCGGCGGUCAAAGGUGCCAGGGCGAACGCAGCAGCUAGAGCAUUGGAGUUGGGGCCGAGAGCGUUUCGACGGCGACCGGACUUUCUCGUCCUGCGAGCGGAGAACACGUCGGGCAAGCAGAUGUCGAGGAUCUUUGAGCGGGCAAUGAUUCCACGUUCGCCACAUCCUCUGCGUCGUCGAGCGACCACUGAAAAGUGGUACUCGCCAGGGGUGAAUGGGACGGCCACACCGAUGCUCACCAGCUCUCGCGCUCUCAUGGAACGCAAAGCACAGAGAUCCACCUCUUCGCCAUCAGAGACCGAAGAACCGUCAUCGAAAGCAGAAACGCAUCCGACAGUUGCCCCAACUCAACACAGGUCGAAACGCCGUCGACCCUCGCCGACCCUCGCCACUCGACCUGGCUUCCUAACCCUGCUCAUCGAGCACGCGCAGUCCACCGCCAAACUCGACCGCGUCCACUCCGGCGGCAACGUCGACCCGUCUAACACAUCCAUCCCGCUGCUGCUCCUCCACACGUACUUCAUCGCUCCCUUUCUACCGGAGAUACCCAAACCGGUGCUCGACAAUCAGAUCGUACGAACCGCCGCUGGUGUCGACAAGAAUCUUCGACCCUCCUCCUCCUCUUCCGUCACGCAACAUUCGAGUGCCAAUCUCGCAGAAAAGGUGACGACGGUAGCCCAACGAACACUGCUCCUGUCGCUAGCGUCGCGGAGAAGAGCGGCUGAUUCGCCGGAAGCGAAACUCAAGCGCACGUGGAUCAGCAACAACCCGGUCAAUUUCAGUUUGGCUAGCGGCACGGUAGCUGACAAGCUAGAUGGAGGACGUGCAGCGGCGGAUGUAAAUGCGGCGAGGAGGAGAACAGGCGGGUUCGGUGCGAGCGAUAAGGGCACGCUGCAGAAGGGCUCGAGACACUGGGGAAGCGGCAGGGUGGCGUGGACCUUGAAGCGGCUGGCUACGCCGUACGGUGUUGCCUUUUUGGUCUUUGCUUGGCUUGGCGGCGAUCUGAAUUAG